AUGUAAAAUAUUGAUAGUAUCAGAAUUAAAUUUCUUAGAAUACUCAUUAAACAUAGAUUCGUUAAAAGAUUACUUGGAAAAUAAAAACUUAAUGAGUAAUCCUAUUUCACUGUUAAUUAAGGAGCUCUUGCCUGUUUCAGAGAAUUAUGUUAAUCAUUAUCAUGUAAUAAUCGCAUCAUGUACUAAAUGUAUCUACUUUAGUGAAGUCAAUCUUUCUGGCUGCAAUAUUAAUGUCUAUUUUGCUAUUGAGCUGGCAAAACUAGUAUAGAAAAAUACAAACAUUGAGGUUUUGCAAUUAGCCAGUUGCAAGCUCAAUUCAUUCUCACUAAGUUGCAUCUUUAAGGCGGUAUUAGUGUAUUGAUCAACUCUAUAGAUGAUAGAUCAUACAGGAUUGGCAUAAUUGAAUUUAUUCAAUAAUCAAUCAUUUACUCCAACUGUUGUACAAGACUUCAUUAAGUAUGUUCUUAAAGGCAAAAAUCCUUUGAUAGAAAUCAAUAUUAGUCAUUGCAAUAUUGAAAAUGCUUAAUUAUCGAUGAUUUUACCAAAUUUAAAAAACCUUAAGUCACUUAAAAGAUUUAAAAUGGGUUUAAUGACUCUAAGUUCUGAAUCAUUGUUAGCACUUUCAUCAGCGAUGUUACAUUAUACAGGUAAGAAAUUUUUAGAUUAUCUUGAUCUAUCAUAUUGUCAAAUAAAAAAUGAUGGACUUAAAUUACUUAAUAAAUCUCUUUAUUUAUCAGUAAUAACAUCUAUAAAUAUAAAAUCAAUAAAUUUAUCAGGAAAUCAUAUUAGUUAAGAUGGUGUAGUACAUUUAGAAUAGAUUCUUCACAAAUUAAACAUAGAAGAAUUGAAUUUAUCAAGAAAUAAAAUCUAAGAAUUUUAGUAUCAAGAUGUUCUUAAAAAGCAGCUUAUUAAAGUUGAUUUAUCUAGUAAUUUACUUGAAGAGAUUCCUAAUAAUUUCUUUUUAAAUGUUUUAUCAAUAAAUCUAUCAAAUAAUCAAAUAAAUACUCAAGGUGCUUAUUAAAUCUCUUAAGUACUUUCUUAUAAAAAAGUCUAAUGGAUGGAUCUAAAUAUAAAUAAUAAUUGUAUCAAGACUCGAGGAUUCAUUUCUCUAAUUUAUGCAUUGAUUGAAAACAAAUCUUUAACAAAUUUAUCAGUUGCAAAAAAUAAAAUAAAUGGAGAAGGAAUUCUUGUUUACAUUUUCAAUCAUGAACAAUUAAACAUAUAAUAUUUAGACUUAUCUCAUAAUUACUUAAGAUAUGAUUUAGUUUAUGCAUUAAUUUCAAUGAUGAAAGAAUGUAAAUUAAAGACAUUAGUAUUAUCAUAAUUAAGAUAAGAUGAAAAUGAAAUUCCUAGUGGUAAGAAUGAAUCAUUUGAGAUUAAAUGUGCUAAUUUGAGAGAACUUGACUUUUCAUGUAAUCCUAAAAUAAUAAUGCCUAUUCUCGAAAGUCUUUCUAAAUAAUAUAAUCGAUUAGAAUACUUAAAUCUCAACAAUUGUUAAUUGAUGAAAAAAUCUGAUAGAGAAGUUAUAAUUAAGAAAUCUGAAACUUAAACAUUAGAUAAAAAGUCAGGAGAAAUUAAUUUUAAGAAAUCAGAUACCUUUACAAUAGAUUUAAAAAAAUCUGGUGAUGCUAAAUGUUUUAUAUUUGAUGAACCAGCUUUUGUUGAAUUAACAGAGAACAAAAAUUUAGAUCAAAAUAAAUAAGUCUUAGAAUGCAUCUAUAAUUUAUUAUCCAAAACUUAUACAUUAUAAACACUUUGUUUAGCUAAUAAUAAUUUAAAUGUCUUAAAUGAUUAAGAAUUAAAACAAUUAGAUAGUUAUUUUGCAACUAAUUUUACUUUAAUGUCUCUUGAUCUAUCUAGUAAUAAAUUAAAAUCAAAAAUAACAUUUUUAGUAAAUGGAUUAAAAAAUUGUGUAUCAUUAAGAUAUUUGAAUAUUAGUAAUAAUCAAAUUGAAGAAGAUGAAGAGGUUAUCAAAAGAUUACCUGAAAUUUUUAAAAAUCCAAGUUUAUAAUAUAUAGAUUUGUCAUUAAAUUCUAUUCAUAGUGCAACUUUUUAAAAUAUGAAAACAAUUCUUUAAACAUAAUAUAAAUAAUUUCCAUAAAUGAAUUUAAGUUAAUUAAAACUAACAGCAGAUGAUCUUGUUAGUAUUAGUGAAAUCAUAAGUGAAUCAUAUUCUAUUAGAAAAUUAGAAUUGUUUGGAAAUUAAUCAAUCGAUUAUUUAAAUAAUGUAUUAGUAUAUGGAGAUGAUGAUAAAGUUAAGUCUCUUUCAAUUAAUAGAUUAAAAUUAAGAGGAGACAUAUUUUAAAAUUUAUUAAGAAUAUUAGAAUAAAAUUUAAAAUGGGUAAGAAUCUUAGAAAUUUCAAAUACAUUAUUAAAAAAUAAAUAAUUAUAUUGUCUUUUAGAAAGAUUAAAAUAAAUGCAUUCAUUAAAAGCAUUAAUAAUGGACAAUUAAUAUUUUGAAAGUGAAAAUGUGGUUACAACUUUAAAAACAGAUUUAUAUAAUUCAUUAAUGAAGUUGAAAACUUUAUCAAUACGAAAAUCAACUCUUUCUGUUGAAUUUUUUGAAUUUAUUUUUAAACUAUUAUCAAAUUCAAAGAAAUUGUAAGAAUUAGAUCUAAGUGGUAAUCAAAGUAAUGAUUAUGGACGUAAAUGCAUAAUCUCGAAAGAAUGUAUUGAAUUGUUAUCAUUAGGACUUUAACAUAAUUAGAAACUAAAAAAUCUUAAUUUAUCUAAAUGUUAAUUAAAUGAUGAAGUAAUGUAGAUAUUCUUAGAUACAUUACCAUUAAAUAACUCAUUACUUUAAUUAGAUAUAAGCGAAUGUAAUUUAACUAAGAUUAGUUUUUUAAGAUUUAAAUAAAACUUUAAUCAGAUUCCAUCAUUAUUAUAAAAAUUAUGUUGUUAAUUAAUGAUUGAAGAGAUUCCAACCAAUCUUGUAAAUAGUUAAUGUCUUUCGAAUUUAUUCUAUCUUGAUAUAUCUAAAAAUAAGUAAAAAAAUAGAAGUAUUGUUAAAUUAGUUUAAUGUUGUUAACCAAAUAAUAUCUUUUAGAAUCUUUUUUUCCUUAAUUUAGAAUAAUGUCAUUUAAAUGAUCAUCAUUGUAAGACUUUAAGCAAAUUAAUUGUAACAAAUUUAAAGGAAUUGGAUUUAAGUUAAAAUUAAAUAGCAUAUUAUGGAUUUAAAGAAUUGUUUGAUCCAAUUUUAGAAGGUAAAUCAAAUCUUAAAGCAUUAAAUUUAUCUAAAAAUAAAAUAACUGAUGAAUAUUUUUGUUAAUUAGAAUAAAAAGAGUUUCAAAUGAAGACUAAUUAUUUAGAAUUACUAUCUCUUGAUGGUAAUUUAUGUCUUGGUCGAGGUUGUAAAGGAUUCAUAAAAUUAUUAUAAAAUAAUCCAAAACUUUAUAUUUUUAAUCAUUGGGUAAACAUAAGUGAUUAAUUAGCUUAUUUAGUCAUAUAAUCAUAUAUUCAGUUUACUCAACAUUAUAAUCUUAAAUGUGGUUAACAUAAUUACAUAUAAUAAUUGAUAAUAAAAGAGACAGAUUUUUCAGAUGACUUUCUAAUGUGGUUUGGCUACAAUUAUUUCUAAUUACCUCAUCUAUAAUAUAUCGAUUUUUCUAGUAAUUCAAGAUUUUGUACAAGUAUGGGAAAGAUGCAUAUGUAUAUAAACAUGAUUAACAAUUAAGUUAAUUAUAAUUUACUUUAAGUGAAAUUUGAUGAGGUAGAACAAUAAACAUUAACUAUGUUUGAUGAUGGAUUAAUUAGAUAUCAUCUAUUAAAAUAAAAAUUUAGAUUUUAAAAUUAUACAAUUAUGUAAAGUAGUUAUGGAAUCAAUGAUCAAAACAUUGAAACUAUUAAAUGGGGUUUUAUUGGCAAAUUCAUAAUACAUAUAAUAAAUAAGCUACUCUAUCUAUUUUAAGGAUCAUUAACUGAAUUUAGAAUGAGUAGCUAAUUAUAGAAACAUCUUAGAAGAAAAAUGAAUAGGAUGAAAAUGUAAUAUAUUAUGGGUAGCUUAAUUGAACCAGUUAUUUUCAUUUUAGCUUUGAUUGUUGCUUUAAUGUUAUCAACUCCAUUAUCAUAGAAGGAUUUGUAAGAUCAUAAUAAUUGUAGAAAUCAAUAUUGUUUUAUUAAUGAUGUUUAAAUAAUUGCUUUUACUUUUUAUAUUAUAAACAUUCUAGUCAUUGUGAUGUUUAGUGUAAAUAAUUUAAUAAUAGCAAUCAAACUAAGAAUUAAUUCAGAACCUGACUUUUAUAUUUUAACAUAUGAAUAAAAAAAAGAACUAAAAAAGAAAUUUCCAGUAAAAAAAGAAUUACUUUUAUUAGUACUUUAAAUUAUUCUAUAAUGCAAAUAUAUAUUUGACAGUUUGAUAAUUUCAUCAAGUUAUCAUAUGUCAUAUUACAUAGAUCAAUAUGGAGAUGAAACCUUUAAAUAACUUAAAAAUAACUUUUUAGCUACUGCAUAUAUGAUGUCCAUAAUGAUUGGCAUUAAAUUUUGUAUUUUUUGUUAUUAAGAUUUCAAAUGUACAAUCCAAUUCUUUCAACAUCCCAAUAAAGAUGCAUCAUUUCUCUUAUCAAAUCUUUGGAUUAAAAAUAUCUAUGAUACAAAUAUUAUUGUUGAGAAUGUAAUUAGCAAUUUCUGUCCUCAAGAAGGCAUUAAGAUAAUGAAUAGUCUUUUCAAUUUAAAAUAGAUUUAUCAACUCACUUAAUUAUUUAUUAUUGAAUUACCCAUAUUCUUUAUAUAUCUAUUCUACUUUAAUAAUUAUCAACUUAUGUUUUCAAAAAUGGGAUAUCAAACAGUUAUUACAGUCACUAUAAUAUUUUAAGUGGUUGGAAUGAUACGUAAUAUUAUUAAAGGACUUUUUAAUGCAUAUUGUGCACUUGUAUCAAGACCACCUAUUGUAAAAUGGUUUGAUAUUAAUGAAUUUCUAUUAUUAAGAAGAUAUCAAUACUUAGGAGAAAAACGAUUAAUAUCUUAAUAUUAAUCUACAUAUAAUAAAAAGUAUACCAAUAAAAAUCGUGAUAAAAAAAAGUAAACCAUCAAUUCGUCAGUAUCAUUAAAAUUAGGAUCCUAAAAAUCUAAAAAUUUUAUUGAAAAAGUAAGAACAUCCAGAUUACCAAGUGAAGAACAUGAAGAUGAAGGUAAAAAACUAUAUUCUAUAUAGUAGAUAUGUUUGUCAAAAAAACACAAAUAACAACAGAUAAUAUGUAUUAAGGAAUAAUUAAUACAAAAAAAAAAUCAGACUGA